AAACAAAUACGAUGACCACAUGAUCCCCACUUCAGAUGACCUACCCGAAGAAGCAGAAGAUGGGCUCCGUUGAUCCAAGAUGAUCCAUUUGUUUUUGUAGACUUUCGGAAGUCGCUCGAUGAUCUCCUGACUCAAUUUUUCAAAACUCUUGUGCGACCUCGCAUCCAGAUUGUGGCUUCUGUGACAGGAAGAGUCCAGUUUGCAGACUCCCGAGGUGAAACGGAGACUGCAAAUGUGAAGCAACCAAAGCAAGUGUACCGUCGCAACCAUGGAGGAAAAACUGUCCCUAAUGGAGACAACAGUCCCACAGGAGCAACAAGAACUCGUCGACGCCCGGAUUCAACAACUACAAUGUUCCAUUGCAGCACUCUUGGCAGAGAAUGAGAUGUUUGAAUGUUUUAUCACCGGCCUGGACCCUGAGAGUCUGGGAGAGACCAGAACCCCUCAGCUGGACUGUGUGAGUCAGUGCAACUUGCCCGAUGGCCCUUUGCAACUGACGUUGGACCAGAAACUCAGCGUGGCGCAGCAGGAAGUCGCACAGGUGAUACAAGACAAGGAGAAACACAAACAGACAUUUGAGAAAAUGAAGGACAGGUACAAGGCCUCCCUUAAAGAAACAGCGCAACAGCGAGCGGACAUCCGGAAGGCUAAGAAUGAACUGGAAGACCGACUCGUCACACCAAUGAUGAAAGUGUCCAACACGAGAGAACCAGAGAAGGUGCUCCAGUACAUCAGGAGUAAGCAGGACACGCAGUGUCAGACUUUAAAACUGAAGAUCCAAGCCCUGAAGGUGCAGCAGAAGAGGCUCCAGCAGCAGCUGCAGGAGAAGAGAGACCUGGGAAAAGCAGGACACGAGGACAUCUUCUUGGAGUACGAUGAACCCAUGACAGACAUCAACGUUGGAGAUCUCCGGGUUAAACUUUUACAAGCUCAACGUGUCCUCAACUCUCACAAGGAGAUGCUUCAGGAUGUGACGCAGGAGUCCGUAGAGCUCAGCAGCGACAUCACCAGAAGAAAGGAGAUGUUACAGAAAACGGAGGAGGACAUGCUACGUGCUGAAGAGGAGCGUUUAAAGACCGAGGUCCUCAACAAGCAUCUCCGCCACCAAAUGUCGGAGUACCAGGCGCCCGGCGUCGCUCAGUACAUGCACGCCAAAAACGAGCACAAGAAGCUGCAGCAGAACAUCCGCACUUUGCAGAGGAACGUCGAUGUUGCUGAGGUGAGGCGGGUUUCUCGGGCGUCAUUUAUCGUUGUACGGUAUUUGAUAUAUUUCGGUAUUGCGUCCCUUCUGUUCUGCCCAGAUGACUUCGAAGACUAAAUCCAGGAGCAAAACCCGAGGCGCUCCUGUAAACGGUGCAGAUGUCGGAACAGUGAAGCUACCACAUAUAGCAUAGAAUAGCAUUUGACAGGAAGUGUAGUGUGGAGUUGAUUUUUUUUUUUAAUUUAGAAAUGAGAAAUAACCUCUAAGGUUCAAAUAUAUAUGUCAUUGAAAAUCCAUAACUGAUUUUUUAAUGAUUCUUUUAAAUAUUAGUUGCUAGUUUGGGCUUCAAAUCUUCCAGAAAUCUUCAAAAUUUGACACUCUGGAAAUGAAUAACAAUAAAUUUAUAUUUACUGGCAAACAUAGUAAAGAUGAAGAUUCAUUUUUCAUAGGAAAUCAUUUUUCAAAAUGCACAAAUAUGUAAAAAAAUUAAUUUAAUUAAAGUUUAUAAACCUUGUAAUAAUGGCUAACUAAUUUACUGGAAGCUAAUAACAAAAUAAAUGAAAUGAAAACAAAAAUAUAAACUAUAAAAAAGAACAUUUUAUCGUUUUUCUUUUUUUAAAAGUGACUGAUUAACAAUGCCCGCAAGGCAUGCUCGGUAGUCCAGCUUCAACAACAAACAAUGAAACACUGGAGAUCAAGAGUAUUUUAACUUCCUGUUUACUUCUCCGACGACCGCCUCAACAUGUUUUUGCCGUCAAAAAAAAAAAAUGUGACAAGCUACCCAGCAUGCCUUGCAGAUGAUUACGACACUUGGCGGACCCAAUGUGGCCCACAGGUGUGCCCAAAGUGCGGCUCAGGGGACAUUUGGGGUCAAGGGCACAUUGAAUUUAACAACCAAAAAACAAAAAAAAGGAUGAUGUCAUAAUAUUCAAAGAAAAAGAAACAUGUCAUAAUUUUACAAAAACAUAAAUUUUAGCAGCCUAAAGUUGAAAUAUUAAAGUUGUAUUAUGAGAAACAAAAUUAAUCGGGAAAAAGUUAUCAGAAUUAAGUCAAAAUAUGGUAAUAAAGUCAUAAUUCCGAAAAGGAAAUAUAAGUCAUUACAUCAUUAAAAGAACCCAGCAGAAAUGGGAACAAAAUGAUAAAAAAAUAAAACCAAAUAAAGACUAAAAAAAACUAUAUUUAUUCAAAUGAGGGGGCGGAGCCAUCAAUUGAGGAUAAUAAAUAUGAUUUUUAAAGUCAUAAUUUUAUAAGAAACUAACAAUAAAAUCCAGUUGUAUUGUUUGGAAAAUGAGGUUGUGGAAGAAAGUUCUGUUAUGGUAAUAAUAAAAAAAAAUAAUGAAAAAAAAAUCACAAAUAUGAUUUAAGAAGAAUAUUUCAAAAGUAAAACAGAUGUUUGUAUUAAUAAUAUGCUUUUUCCACUGAUGAUAAAAAGCUUAAAUGCAGUUUAUAAUUAUUAUUUAAUAAUUUAUCAAUAAAUCUGGACUAAUCUUUGCUUAUGUUGCAAUGGAGUGAAUCAAACAGCAGGUUCAAUGCCGUCACACGCUGUUGCAAUAACUCUUCCUCAGACUGGACAAACUAUUCCAUUUAUUGGAAAGGAGCCCCCGCAGGAACGGUUAUGAUGUUACAUGCCUUGUGUACAGUUACGUGUACGUGAUGGUUUGAUUUCAAUAUCGACGUCUUGGCGUCUCGAUGUAGCAUAUCUGCUCCGUUCACAGCAACCGAAUGAAUGAAUGAAUGAAUGUCGGGAAAAAUCUUCCAAGGCACUUUCAUAAGCACAUAGUACACUUCAUAUCAGUACACAUUUAUACUACAUUAUCGGCUCUCUAAAUAUCAGUCAGUUGUAGUCUGGGGGGUAUCAAACCCGCUUAUACUGUGGGCCACAUUGGCGUUAUGGUUGAAUUCAAUAAAGAAUGUGAGAAACAUUAUUGUAUUCAAGAAACAACUCAUGGCAAAACAGGAAGGUGGUGUUAAAGAGGAAGGUCUUGAUCUUGUUGCCACAUUCUGUUUUUUAGUCACCUUCCUGUUUUGCUAUGAGUUAUUCCUUGAAUUCAAUAAAGAAGGUGAGAAACAUUAUUGAAUUCGAGAAACAACUCAUGGCAAAACAGGAAGGUGGUAUUAAAGAGGAGGGUGUUGAUGUCGCUGCCACAUUGUGUUUUUUUGCAACCUUCCUGUUUUGCCAUGAGUUAUUCCUUGAAUUAAAUAAAGGUGAGAAACAUUAUUGAAUUUGAGAGACAACUCAUGGCAAAACAGGAAGGUGGUAUUAAAGUCUUGAUCUCGUUGCCACAUUGUGUUUUUUUGUAACCUUCCUGUUUUGCCAUGAGUUAUUCCUUGAAUUCAAUAAAGAAUAUGAGAAACAUUAUUGAAUUCAAGAAACAACUCAUGGCAAAAUAUGAAGGUGGUGUUAAAGAGGAAGGUCUUGAUCUCGUUGCCACAUUGUGUUUUUUGGCAACCUUCCUGUUUUGCCAUGAGUUAUUCCUUGAAUUCAAUAAAGAAGGUGAGAAACAUUAUUGAAUUAGAGAAACAACUCAUGGCAAAACAGGAAGGUGGUAUUAAAGUCUUAAUCUCGCGGCCACAUUGUGUUUUUUGUAACCUUCCUGUUUUGCUAUGAGUUAUUCCUUGAAUUCAAUAAAGAAUAUGAGAAACAUUAUUGAAUUUGAGAAACAACUCAUGGCAAAAUAUGAAGGUGGUAUUAAAGAGGAAGGUCUUGAUCUCGUUGCCACAUUGUGUUUUUUAGUCACCUUCCUGUUUUGCCAUGAGUUAUUCCUUGAAUUCAAUAAAGAAUAUGAGAAAUAUUGAAUUCAAGAAACAACUCAUGGCAAAACAGGAAGGUGGUAUUAAAGAGGAGGGUGUUGAUCUCGCUGCCACAUUGUGUUUUUUUGUAACCUUCCUUGAAUUAUAUAAAGGUGAGAAACAUUAUUGAAUUUGAGAAACAACUCAUGGCAAAACAGGAAGGUGGUAUUAAAGUCUUGAUCUCGCUGCCACAUUGUGUUUUUUUGUAACCUUCCUGUUUUGCCAUGAGUUAUUCCUUGAAUUCAAUAAAGAAGGUGAGAAACAUGAUUGAAUUUGAGAAACAACUCAUGGCAAAACAGGAAGGUGUUAUUAAAGUCUUGAUCUCGCUGCCACAUUCUUUGUAACCUUCCUG